CAAUUCUACAAGAGGAAAAUGUCUCAAAGAGAGUACAGAGGGUCUUCCUCUUUCUACCCAGCCACUGCCAGGUUGAACUCUGUACCCCCUACCCACUAUGAUGUAUAUGAUGAUGAAGGGGAUUUGGUUCUCUCCAGUAUUACGGUUAAUCGGCAUAAUAGAGCUAGAACAAUGGCUCGUGAACGGAUGAGUCGGAGGGAUGAAUGGAUGAAUCCUAGAUACAGAGAUAUGUUGGAGGGGGGUAGAGGAGCAUCUCCUGGACACUUCUUUCCUAGGAGUUCGACUGAAUACAGCCGUGAGAUAUUAUCUACCCGACACACUCCCAGUCCUGUCCCGGAAACUAUUAAUAGAAUGAAUAAAGAGUUUACUGAAAGAGUUAAAGAGAAACUGCAUGCAUCAAAGUACAAAACUAUGUAUCCAGAAACCUACAGGGAGAGAAGUUCAAGCUAUAAUGCAGUUCUAGGAAGAUAUAUGGUUAAUGCUGAUAGUCCAGGAUUUCGAUAUUACAGGUAUGGAAACUCUUAUGCUGACCUGCCCGCUAGUAUGACCUCUGUACCUUCAAGGUACAGGUCCAGGCUUUCAGAUAUUGUUUAUGUACCAAGUACCAGAUAAUCAUGUAUAUACGCUAAAUCAUAGUAUAUACGGAACUAAUUUUAUUGUAAAUAUGACAAUUCUAAAUUGGAGUAGCGUAUAACUUAACCGAAAUCGCUACUAAAUUAGUGAAAAUUGGAAUGGGGGAUAUUAUUUUAACAGUACGGACAAUUAAAUCCCCCCCCUCCCCUCAUCUCCCAGGCUCCAUCCCUCGUUCUUAAUUGCAGUCUAUAAUUGCACCUUAAUUUUUCAAAGGCAUCAACCCUAUGUACAAAGAUAUCUUCGCGCAAACAUGAAACAAAUUCACAAAAUUUUGUAAAUCAUUCUAUUAUUUAUGUUUAUAUAUGAAAACAAAUAUAUCUUCCUUUUUUAA